GCGCCAAGCGAUUCGCUUUGCUGCUGCAACCAUCACCAUCACACGCAUAUCAUCGUAACUCCUGGGCCGAGGGCGUUCACCAUGGAGGCGGUAGCAAAACCAUCGUCCACCCGAUCGCAACAGGUGCACCAGCAGCAAAUAGCGAUCGAAAUAAUCAGCGAACCGGCAGCGGCUCCGCAACCGCUGCAGCACCAGGAGCUACAGGCGCACACGCUGCUACAACAGUGUCAGCAACAGUCGCAGCAGCAGCAGCAGUCAGCACUUCCGACGCCGAACGUCGACAUCGUGCUGCGUGAAUCGACGCGUGCCAAUCUCGUGAGCCGGAAGAAGCCCUCGGUUGGGCCCGAUGGCCGGAAGAGUUCGCACAAGGAUGGCAAGGGCGACGGGAAGGGAGAGGGCAAAUCCGUCUACCGGAAGUUCUUCAAGCGCAUCAAAACCAUACUGGACGGCGAGGACCCGGACGCCGGCAGCA